UGGGGGGAGAGGUGUAUAAAAGAGUGGGGGACUUGAGAGGUAGAGCAGAAGAAACAUCUGGGGUUUGCAGAUCUGAUGAGCAGCUGCUACCAUCGUCCUCAGCUCUCUCCUCUGGACCUCUGACUAGUCUGAGCUGCUCAGAGACACACACGUUUGGUCACACUCUUGUCUUUGAGAGCCUCCUCCUUUCUGCUCCUGUAGCUCUGGUCCUACACUCCUCACACAGCAUGCAGUUCCUGGUGGUCUUAGCAGCUCUCAUGGGGGUCUUGUUCAGUGUAAGAGCAGCAGCCGUGCUUCCUUUGGAGGACAGGAGCCCCAUCCACAUGACCAGGGAGCUGAGCAAAGAGCGCAAAGAACUGAUCCUAAAGCUGGUGUCUGGUCUGCUGGACGGAGCUCUGGACUCCAACAUGCUGCCGGGGGAAGUGGCACCUGUUGACCUCGAGGAGCCCCUGGAGUCUCGCCUCGAGGAGAGGGCGGUCUACAACAGGUUAUCAAUACCUCAGCGUGACCGCAAAGCCCCUUGUAAAAACUUCUUCUGGAAAACCUUCACCUCCUGCUAACAGUGUCCCAGAAACCCAGCCCGGCUCGGCUCUUUCCCCACCCCACCUCAGCCUCCCCCUCACCCCCCCAGCUCAACAUGAACUGUAGUCGAUCUCAGCUGUACAUAUCAUCCACACCUGUGCGUCAUUGAUGGACUUCACCGAGACAGUGUGUGUGUGUGUUUGAAUAUCAACUAUUUGUGUAUACGAUGUUUGUAUUUAUUGUAUCGGUAACAGUUACUUUCAGGGUCUACAAUAAAGCAUGGUUGUCAUAUUUGACACGGUAACAGCAGCUGUUUGCCUUUUGCAAAUUGUUCUAAAAAAACCCUUCAGAAAAGUCAUAUUUUCACCUGCUUCUGCAAUAGAAAUACAAAGUCAAAUCAAAUGCAAAAAACUGGCUGGAUUUUUUUUGUUUUGUUUUUGUUGACACUUAGAACAAAUAAAUUGUGAACAUUAA